UCUCUUCAGGAGUCUCCUGUCCACUCGCCCACAGGCGGGACUGCAGUCAGCGAGCCGUGAGUCAUAUGACUGCUGCAACUUUCAAACAGGAAGCUUCAGCACUCGGCUUUAGAGAGGGCGACUACACUGAUUACUCGUCCAAGACGAGCGCUCUGAGGAGAUUUUUUGCGAAAGGCGAGAAUGGUGGUUUGGAGCUGCGCGCCAUGGACGGUUGGAGAAAAGUGGAGGACGAGCGCAGUUUAAUCAGGGCUCCGCACAUCAACGCCCGGGCUAACGCUGCUACUGCCGCUGGGAGGGACUCGAGUACGGCAGCUGGCCACGAUGGCUCUCCCAAGUUCGUGUAUCUCAUGGCCUUCUUCUCCGCGCUGGGAGGCUUCCUUUUUGGCUACGACACCGGAGUGGUGUCGGGAGCCAUGCUGCUGCUCAAGAAGGAGCUGAACUUGAGCGCACUGUGGCAGGAGCUGCUGGUCUCCAGCACGGUGGGGGCCGCGGCGCUCGCGGCGCUGGCGGGUGGCUUCCUGAACGGAGCGCUGGGGCGCAGGCUGUGCAUCCUCCUAGCCAGCUUCAUCUUCUCCGUCGGGGGGGUCAUUUUAAGCUUAGCCCCCAAUAAAGAGGUGCUUCUUUGCGGAAGGCUUAUCGUUGGUCUUGGGAUAGGUGUAGCUUCCAUGACCGUGCCAGUGUACAUUGCUGAAGUAUCUCCUCCACACCUCAGGGGUCAGCUUGUCACCAUAAACACUCUUUUUAUCACCGGUGGUCAGUUCAUAGCCAGUGUGGUGGACGGGGCCUUUAGUUACUUGAACCAUGGAGGAUGGAGGUAUAUGCUGGGUCUGUCAGCGGUCCCUGCUGUGCUGCAGUUUGUGGGCUUCCUCUUCCUGCCUGAGAGUCCUCGCUGGCUCCUGCAGAAGGGUCGAUCAGAGCAGGCUCGCCAAGUGCUCACACACAUCAGGGCCACUGAGAAUGUGAACGAAGAGUAUGACAGCAUCAAGAGCAUCAUUGAGGAAGAGGAAAAAGAGUCUGGAGGGGGGCCAGUUCUAUGGCGUAUCCUUACCUGUGCUCCUGCCCGGAGAGCUCUCAUUGUGGGUUGCGGCCUUCAGAUGUUCCAGCAGCUUUCAGGGAUUAACACCGUAAUGUACUAUAGUGCCACCAUUCUGCAGAUGGCAGGAGUGCGGGACGAUAAAAUGGCCAUUUGGCUGGCAGCUGCCACAGCAUUUACCAACUUCCUGUUCACACUGGUGGGGGUGUGGUUAGUGGAGCGGGCAGGCCGUAGAAAGCUGACCUUGGGCAGUAUCAUUGGCACUGCCAUCAGUCUGUCUGUCCUGGCUGUGGGAUUUCUGCUCUCUGCUCAGGCAUCCCCUCCAGUGACUUUUCACCCUAGAGACCCCAGCUCCCUCAACUCAACCUGCACACACUAUGGGUUUUGUGAGUACUGCAUGCUGGAUCCAAACUGUGGCUUUUGUUACCGUGAGAAUGGUUCAACCAUACUGAACUCCUCCUGUGAUCCCGUUGAUCAAGCCAACACAGAAGAAGCAGCAAGUGGCAGGUGCUCCAAUGCUACACAAGGAAGCACAGGUGCAUUCUGGGCCUAUAACUACUGCCCAACCCCAUACUCCUGGAUUGUAUUGUUGGGUCUCAUCCUUUACCUGGCCUUCUUUGCUCCAGGAAUGGGCCCAAUGCCAUGGACGGUGAACUCUGAGAUCUACCCGCUGUGGGCUCGAAGCACUGGUAAUGCCUGCUCUGCUGGCAUCAAUUGGAUCUGCAAUGUCCUCGUAUCUCUGACAUUCCUCCACAUGGCUGAAUUUCUCACGUACUAUGGUGCAUUCUUUCUGUACUCAGGCCUGGCUCUGCUGGGCUUCUUUUUCAUGCUGGGCUGUCUGCCGGAGACCAAGGGCCUAAUGCUGGAGGACAUAGAGACUUUGUUUAGCAGGAGGCUCUGCACCUGUGGUGCCUUCGGUGGCCAAAACGUGCAUUACAUCAGGCCUCGUUUGGAUUUGGGGAAGUUGCGUUAUGGGACAUUGGAACCAGAGGAAGGAAUUGCUUACAUAUCUCUGCAAUAAUGGUGCAGUUAUUCCUGGACAAGAAGGUUCAAUAAAAGGGGAACAUGCUCAAGGACACGGCUUUUACAACAGCACUUUCAAAGUCAAACAACUGUAGCCUGUUUUCAUUAAAAUUCAUGUGAUUAUAAAAUAUAAUUUUCUAAUUUUAAUAAAAUCUCCUUGUCUUUUACCCAUA